AAGCUGGAAAUAGACAGCUCUAUAAAUUUUCAGAAGCUGCUUACUGUAAACCCUGCACUAUUCAAAAGUUACAAACCACUAUGUGAAUUAUUUACUUUAAGUAGAAAGUGGAUUUGUCAAAGAACGGGUUGAAGAACAGGUACCGAGUGCAAUUCAUGCGAACUAAUCCCAAUUGAUCGAAGCCAUAGACUUUUCCUAACAAGGAAUUGUCCAACCGCUGGUCCGAACCAAACCAGUAAACGGAAAUCAAUCAAUGGAAGUUGAACUCCAGGAGGAUCUGCCAAAAAUAAAAACAGAAGAUAGCGAUGGCAGCGCUACCCUUUUUAUAGAGUCCAUGCAUUCUGUCGAUAACAAACAGGAAUCUAAUGAAGAAAACACAGAAUUAAAUGAAACCACUGACACAGAAACCUUCAAAUUGUCCAGUGACAGCAACCAACAGUAUGUAAUUGUUUCAUCAGAUAGUUCAACUGUCCUACAAGAUCAUAAAAUUAUAAAUGCAGUGAGUGUUGCUGAGGAUGGAAGUGAGGGUGUAAUAGAACAACCAACAAAAUAUAUAAGAAUACAGGGUGACAACGGACAAACGUUAAUGCUAGCUGUUGCUGAUGAUUCGUCCAAUUUACUUUCUCAAGUUAAAAUUCUUAAAAGUGAUGGUUCAGAGCUCAAACAAGGAAAGGCAGGUAAAUCAAGCUCUGCUGAUGACAUCACUCAGGCAUGGUUUACAACCCGUGAUGAUAAAAAUUCCCUUCAUAAUAAAGGUCAUACCUGGAAGCAGGGUCAAUGGACAAAAGAGGAAGUUGACAUUUUGAAGAAGAAUAUCGAGAAAUAUUGCAAGGAUCGUAAUAUCCCAGAUGCAACGAAGAUCAUUUUCCAGAUGAGUAAAGAUGAAAGGAAAGAUUUUUAUAGAACAGUUGCCAGAGGACUGGAGAGGCCAUUAUUCUCUGUGUAUAGAAGGGUGACAAGAAUGUAUGACCAGAAGAACCAUGUUGGAAAAUAUACCCCAGAGGAAAUGGUAAAACUAAGAGAUUUAAGAGCAACGCAUGGUAACGACUGGACAACAAUUGGUACAGCCCUUGGACGAAGUGCUUCAUCAGUAAAGGACAAAUGUCGUCUGAUGAAGGAUAAAUGCAAUUCUGGAAAAUGGUUGGCAGAAGAAGAGAAAAGACUGACAGCAGCAGUUUAUGAAUUGGCACAAGUAAAACCAGGAGACAGUAUCACAGUCACACAUGGGUUAUCCUGGGCUUUAGUCGCAGAAAAAGUGGCAUCACGAUCAGAGAAACAGUGCCGAACAAAAUGGUUGAAUUAUUUGAAUUGGAAGGAACUUGGUGGAACCGAAUGGACAAGAGAAGAUGACUUGAAUCUGAUUUUAAGAAUGUGUGAACUGAAUGUUGAAAAUGAGUCCCAAAUUAAUUGGCCUGAACUUGCCCAAGGAUGGCCCAGUGCUCGGUCCCCUCAGUGGCUUCGAGGAAAGUGGUGGUCGUUGAAGAGACAUGUUCAUGAUUAUCAAAACCAACCAUUUUCUUAUAUUGUCAAUUACCUUAAGACAAGUCAUCUACAACAUAUAAAAAAUAUAAAGGAUAUGGUGGGUAGAGAUGAUCUUACUGUGGAGAAUUGUAAAGUGACAUUUAGUGUUCCGAUAAGUCUACAGUCAGCUACUAGCGCAGAUGAUGUUCAUACAGCAAUCGAGGUUCUACAACAAUGGCCAUCAGACUGUUCUGGUGCAUUAGUUAUAGCUCAACCAAACACCACAUCAGGAUCAAUAACAUUUUCAGGGUCAGCUUUACCCAGUGAUCAUAUAAUCGUUCAAACUCUUCCGGUCCACGUGGAAGAUAAUAACAAUGAAAAUGUGACGGUUCAGGUCAAUCCACAGAUUAUUGUUACCGAUUCUACAGAUGAGGAGAGUAUGGGAGGAGGAUUAUCUAAUACUAUAAUCUCAUCAUCCUCCAUAGAAUUACACACAGGCUUAAAAGUAGAACAAGAUUUAAAUUCAUUAUCGGAGAACCGAGAUUUGGAUGAUCAGUGUGAAAUAACUAGUAACAGCGAAGUUAAAUAUGAGAUCAUGACUCAGACUGUGACCGACUCAGGUCUUCCUUCUGAAGGUGUUCAGACUGAUAUUCAUGUACAAUCUGAUAUGGUUCAUAGUGAAGGGGAGACAUCUAAUUUAGAUUGGUGAUAAAAGUCAAACCAUUUUCUUCCUCAAUCUACCACUUGCAUCAUUUUAUGAUAAUAAACCAUAGGAUGAUGUUUAAAAGUUCUUAUCCGAUUGUUGUUUUUUUUGAUUGACAAAAUAUAAUAUCUACCGUACUUCCAUUUGGUUGUAUUAACCACAUUAUUAUAAAUGAAAUUAUUAAAUGUAUUCUUGCACUGCAAUCAUCAAGCCUGGAAAUAAGGUACCUGUCACAGAUAUUUUCUGGACACAAAUUCAGGCUUUGUCAGGAAGCAUUCCUCAGGUGCCUGUUAUUUUGUCUGUGUUUUUAUUGAUAUUGUUAAUACUUUCAUAAUGUCAGGUAUUGUUUUAUCAAUUUUGUCAAUGUACCAAUAAUUCCUAGACUAGUUUCUGUGACCUUCAACAUACAUUUGUAUGUCAUGAGAUACAUUGGUUAAUAAUAAUUGCAGACUGUUCAAUCAAAACACGCACAGAGUGAAACAGUACUGUGGAUCUAUUAUAGACCAUACAUGUAUUUACAAGUCUGACAGUCAUUGUCAGGCACAAAUUCAAGUCAGGCUCUAUCCCUCUGAUAGGUCUCAAUUUGUCGGACACUGAUUUGUCUUUCUUUUGUGUUUUUAUUGCUAUCAUUCAUACAUAUCCGGCAAAAUAACAGGAACUAGUUCAUAAUUUCCAGGCCUGAUGAUAAAUAAGGCUACAAUACAGCAGAAUGAAGAAUUCCAUUUUGAGGAAAAUCUAUAGGACCUACAUUAACAAAUGUGUCAAACCCAAUUUCAGAGACCUCUUGGUAUGAGUAAAGGAGAUAUAUUAAUUUCAUUUUCCAAUUCAGUAAUUAACUGACUGAUCUGUUGUUUAUUCACGUACAAUGUUAUGUGAUGUGUUGAGUAGGAUUUGUAAUUGGUAUAUUUAUGGACAGAAUCUGAGGUCUUUAUCACAUUGAUAAACUUACAUCUGGGGAUUGUUGAUUUUUAUUUAAUUUAUUGUAUUUAGAGAACAGAAUAAUUCAUUAUGAAAUAAGAGAGUUUCUAUUACUAUUUGUGCUUUUCUUUAUUGCUGUGUUAUCAUAAAAUGAUAAUAAAAAAUUCAAUAUUUA